UUCCCGCCCUCUUCCUUCGGGGAAGCGAGUCCUCACGCGCUCGCUGCCUCUCCUCAGCUGCAAAAUGCCCCUCUUCGGUCUCUCCAAGGAAGCGGCGGUGGGGACGGCGGUGCUGGGGGUCGUCGCUGCCGCGGGCUUCUUCGCAGGCAGACGAUCCCGUUCGAGGUUUGUUUUUGGCACACCCAAAGGUUCACCCAAUCUGUUGCAGCAGUAUGUACUGGAUCAUUCCUUACGGGAGCAUCCUGCUCUGACCAAGCUGAAAAUGGUUACCGCGGAGCGUCAAGACAAAAGGAUGAUGGUGAGCCGCGAUCAGGCCCAGCUUAUGGCCAACCUGGCAAAGCUGAUUAGAGCAAAGAAGGUAAUUGAAGUUGGUGUUUAUACAGGGUACAAUACUUUAAACAUGGCUUUGGUCAUACCAGAUGACGGCAAAGUUGUUGCCUGUGAUGUAAAUGAAGAGUCUGCCAACCUUGGAAAGCCAGUGUGGAAAGAGGCAGGAGUGGAGCACAAAAUUGACCUCAGGAUAAAGCCAGCCAGCCAAACACUAGAUGGCCUUCUGGCAAAUGGUGAAGCUGGAACCUUUGAUUUUGCUUUCAUUGAUGCUGACAAAGGAGGCUACAGUGAUUACUACGAGAAAUGUCUACAGCUUAUAAGAAAAGGGGGGAUAAUUGCUAUUGACAAUGUUUUGUUAUCGGGAAAGGUACUUAACCCAGAAAAAUAUGGUGGUGAAGUCCAGAGCAUGCACGAGCUAAAUAAAAAGAUCUUCCAUGAUCCACGAGUGACCAUCAGCAUGAUCUUGAUGGGGGAUGGAGUGACAUUAGCAUUUAAGCUGUAAUGGAGAAAGCAAUGAAGAUUAUGGCACAUGAAGAAGCCCCCGGAAACAUCCACCCCCAACUCAGCAAGGAUAAUGUCGAGGAAUACAAGAUGUCUGUUUUGACCUUGCCUCCACCAAAUACCUUAGGACAGAAAUUAUGUUAUAAACUAAAGAGGGGCAAAUGGUCGCUUGAUCUGAUGUUUAAGUCCCUACAAUCAUGACCAACUCUUUCUUAGGGCACAGAGAAAUUGUGCAUCUCAAUAUAAAUUUUCACAGAUAAA